AUGUCUGCUUUUGAUUUAGCAAAAACUAACGAACCUUCGUCAAAAUACGUUAUGUAUAUUUUGGUAAAUAACGACCUUCGUAUGAGUAAAGGCAAGAUUAGUGCACAAGUAGGCCAUGUAGUUGGAGUAAUUACAGAAGAAAUUUUAACCAAUGCGUUUGUAAAUCCAUCCAAAGAAAGUUUGGAAGAUUAUAAAAAAUAUAAAUUAUGGACUAAAGACGAUAAGUUCGCAAAAAUCGUUCUUAGGGCUCAGGAGAAAGAUCUUAUUAAUUUUAUCGGCACAGAGAAAAAACGCCGUUAUAUUAUUGAUCAAGGGGUGACUCAGAUUAAACCAGGAAGUCUGACUGUUGUGGGGUUUUAUCCGAGUAAUGAUAUGUCAGAAAAAUUUAAGAUGUAUAAACUCCUAUAA